CCGCCCUCUGCUGGGCGGAGCGCAAAAUACGCUGUUUCCAACGUUAAUCUGUCACGCCCCCUCCCGCUGGCGGCCGCUGAUUGGUCCCCGGACAUGCUGCAGGAAGCUGUAGCAGAGGAGCCGGGCUGAGCGGAGACCGGGGGAAAGCGAUGCUGCGGCUGCGUUACCUGCUGCUCUUGCUCGGCCUUUGCUACUUCUGGUGCCCGGGAGAGGGGAGCGAGGAGGCGGAGUACGUGACGUGCGGCUCCGUGCUGAAGCUGGUGAACACUCGGCAUAAUGUCCGGCUGCACUCACACGAUGUGAAGUACGGCUCAGGAAGUGGCCAGCAGUCUGUCACAGGUGUGGAGACAUCAGAUGAUGCAAACAGCUAUUGGAGGAUAAGGGGCAAAACAAGUGCUGACUGCCCACGUGGAGAACCCAUAAAGUGUGGCCAAGCAAUCCGCCUUACCCAUGUGAACACUGGAAAGAACCUUCACACACACCACUUCUCAUCACCUCUUUCAAACAACCAGGAAGUAAGUGCCUUUGGGGAUGAUGGUGAAGGAGAUGACCUGGACAUGUGGAUAGUGCAGUGUGGUGACACACUGUGGGAGCGCGAAGAGGCCGUGCGCUUCAAACAUGUUGGAACCAAUGUUUUCCUGACUAUUACGGGUGAACAAUACAGCCACCCAAUCAGAGGGCAGAGAGAAGUUCAUGGCAUAACCAGCCCAACGGCUCACAAUUACUGGAAAGUGAUGGAAGGAGUGUUCAUCAAACCAAGCCUCCCUCCUGGUUCAGCCAGACACGAUGAACUGUGAGAGAACCUAGGACUAUUUGUCAAAAAAGGAGGACCCUAUGCAUCACUGCAUUCUGCUCCAAUGAUAAAAAAAAAAUCUGGUUUUCAUACUAUAGACCAGUGCAAUUGACUGUCUUGUUACAUUGUAAGAAGUUUUCAACAAAUUAAGGGAAAUGUUUUGCUGCACAUCCAAAUAAAAAAAAAAAACUACUUGUUCCAUUCAAUAAGAAAAUAUAAUAAAUUUAUUGCACUUAUUAAUUUAAGAUGAAUGUAUUGUUAGAACUCUUUUGGUGUGAUAUCAGCAGAGCAGAAUUGUUCAAUAUAAUUGUGGUUCUUUUGAGAGGGGGUGCUAAGGGAAUUUGGGGAUCCGUUGUGACGGUUUAUUUGUAUGCAAUGAUUAAGCACUGGCAGAUAUCAGCUUAGUGGGGUUUCUCUUAGAAAUAUUUAAGUUUGAAGGUUUUGACUUUUUGCUACAACUCUAUAUGGAUUUAUUCAACCUUUCUAUUGCAUCGGGCAGUUGCUGUGCCAUCGGCAAGAAAGCGCGGCAUGUAGAGUAAAAGUGCUAUAUCUUCAAUAUGAUUGAGGGAUUGUUUAACUGUUAGACUGUAUACGCUGACUGGUGUGUUUUGUAAUAAAUACAAAUAAGACUCCAUUUACUUA